CAGUGAAGAAAUAGUAACUAAAUGUACUUAAUCAACAGGCUUUUUAAAAGCAUAGAUGUGUUGUUUAGUUUGAGUACUUUUGUAUGCUUUUCGUUUAAGAAAUAAGCACCCUUUAAUAUUAUAAAUGUUAUGAUAUUACAAGGACAUUGCUUCCAGAUCAGUGUAAUUAAUGUAAAAAAACUAUUAAAUUAUUUUUAUUCUUGAAAAUUAUAUCUACUAUUUAUAUGAAUAAAAUACUUUUUUCACCAAUCAAAGAUAGCAUUAUAUAUCUAUUGCAAUAAUGACUUCUAAUUCUUCAGAAGAAGUAAUUAAUGAAAAAAUUCUAAAUAUCGCAAAGAAAAAUCCCAAAGGUAUAACAGAUAAGGACAUCGCAGCUGCAUUACCUGACCUUUCUUCAGGAGAGCGUGUAAUAGUGAUAAAUAGAUUAUUACAGCAAGGUUCGAUAGAUUUGUUCAAACAAGGUGGUUCAUUAAUAUACAGAUUAAAAACACAGAUAAAUAAACAAGCUGUAAAAGGUGCAGACAAUGAAGAAAAAGUAGUUUUUAAUCUUAUUGAAGAAGCUGGUAACAAAGGUAUAUGGAUUCGGGAUAUUAGGGUUCGCUCCAACUUAGCAAAUACACAGCUUAAUAAAGUUCUCAAAAGUUUAGAAAGUAAGAAACUAAUAAAAGCCGUCAAAUGUGUUACUGCUUCAAAGAAAAAAGUAUAUAUGCUGUACAAUUUAGAACCAGAUAGAUCUAUAUCAGGUGGGGCUUGGUAUCAAGAUCAAGAUUUUGAGUCUGAGUUUGUGGACAUUUUGAACAGACAGUGCCUUAGAUUCCUGCAGCAAAGGGCAGACCAAAUAAAGAACAAUCCCCGUGGACCAAUUCUUGGAAGGACACAGUCUUAUGCCACUGCUGCAGAAGUACAAAAAUAUAUAGCUGAUUUAGGAAUUAGUAAUGUUAAGCUAGAAGUAGAAGAUGUGAUAACAAUAUUAAAUACAUUAGUGUAUGAUGGCAAAGCAGAAAGCACUGCAUACCCUGAUGGUAGCAAAUUGUUUCGUGCAAUAGAACCACUUCUACCUGCGCCCGGAUUAGUUCAAGUACCCUGUGGAGUUUGUCCUCUUAUACACAAAUGUUGUUCAGUAGGACUGAUUACACCACAAGAUUGCAUUUAUAUGAAUGAAUGGCUUGAUUAAUAAAUUUCCCUCUCAUACACAUGUACUAUUUAUGUUGAACAUCCCAUAUUAUACCAACUUCUAUUAAGAGUCAGAUUCCACAUGAACUACACUAAUAUCUUAGAUGUAGUAAUAGGAGGCAUUAUCAACUAUCACACUGUUCACAGCAUUGAAAUGGACAUAUUUACCUUUGAAUACUGUAUAUUUGAAUACAAGCAUUAAGAUACUCAUAACAAUGCACCAUAUCAGGAACCAAUCAUAAUGGCUUCAAUGGCAAUCGUGUGGACAUCAAUCUCAGUCCGCCUGAUAUGAUAACUUGGUAGCAAUGAGUUCAUUAGUCCCUAUUAUUAAUCUCAGUUUAACCAAAUUACUAGUAAGUAAUCAAAAUAAUAUAUAAUAUAAUAUAAAUACUAGGAGUAAACUGCAUUGUUCUAGUCAAAUUAAAACGAAAUGUAUAAUUGUAAUUUAUUAAUAGUAAUUCUAAACAAUUACAACUUCAUAAAAGUAGACUACAAUAAAUUAAUGAAUUCCAAAACCAAUUCAAAAUUUAUACUCUAUGUAAUUCAAGAGUUCUAUUUGAUGAUAUUUUGUAUCAUGAUGAUGAUUUGAGUAUUCUAAUUGAUGAUAUAUACAAAUAAUUACAUAUAAUUAUGUUAUUAGUUAUGUUUGCAUUAUUCUCAAAAAUAUGAUCUAUUAAAAAAAUGUACGCCAAUAAUGCACCAAGUUUAAGAACUACAAAGAAUAUAAAUUUAAUUGGACUUUGAUCCAAAACCAUAAAAUGUACCUAAGUGUAUAUUUAUACAUAUUUACAUGAAAAAUUAUGAAGCAGUCAUGUUGCCUCUUGCCAAUUUUUUUAUAACACCUAUAGUUGUGAA